AGUUAUCCAGGCCAUUUACCUGAGUGUAGUGUUCCUUCAGGUGGGCCCCCGUGAAUACCUGUUUUCACAGUUGACAUAAGGUCACACACAAAUUUCUUCCCCAGGAAUUUAACAAUGAAGAGAGUUUUGCGGUUUGCUGAGUUGUGACUGGAUCUUAUCAGACUAUAGUGAAUGAGGUGAUCACAUCCUGAUUGCUACAAAGUAUUUUGAACCAUCUCCCUUUAAUAGAAGUACGUUCCUGGGCUCUAGUGUCAUACACAUGUAUUGGUUGGGUGCAAGCCUGGAGAUUGACAUCAAUGUAGAUUGAAUGCUUGAAGUUCAUGAAUGCUGCUUUAUAAAGUGCUGCUUUGCAAAAACCUAGAGCAUACAGAUACCUGAGUUAAAGCACAGUAAAAAUUCCUACACAAGCUGAUUCCGAUAUCAAAAGAAAAUCGUACUUAUGUAAUACUGGUGGAGCUACAGUGUACAAGGGAUUGGCAGCAUAGCAAGAAGAAAGAAGACUUGUCACCUUUGAAGAUAUCAAAGAAAUUCUCAGAAAUGAAGAAUGGGGAAUAAAGCUUCUUCACCAAGAAAAGAGAUCGAUGGAGGUGAAAUUCGAGGAAGGAGUCGAUCUUUUACGGGAAUAACCUCCAAAUUUCGUAAAAGAAGCAAGAGUCCACCAAGAGAGCGCAGCUCUUCAUUUACAGAUACUAGGCCCAAAAGGGGGAGUUUCAAAUUUUCUAGUCACAAUGGAGGGGUUCCCACUCCAAAUAGUCAACCCCCAUCAGGAGGCAACCAAAGUUCUAGUCCCACGAAGAGUAUCACUAUCAGGUCUGGAGGACGAUCUCGAGAAGAGGAGAAUGACACUGCUAAGUUGUUGUCAACUUCCUGCCCAACCCGCACCAGACAUUUCCCUCCACUUCUGGAUUCCAGCGUGCCUCCCGAAGCCAGACAGAAGGACACCCUGGGUCGGGACACCAUCCGCAGGUCCUUGACUCGGAAAGACAGCGAAUCUCCCAGGCUCUGUCCAAAACAGAUGAGACAGAUUUCCCGGGAUCUGUAUCGCGAGACGUUAGCAGAUAUUUCAAAGAGGCGGGGACUGGCUGUGCAGAACCGUGACUUGUCAAUGUCACAGGCGAGUCUGGGUCACAUGUCUUGUAAGUCUCAGUCUCUGCACAGCUUAGGAAAUGUUGGACUGGAAGAUGAAGACGAAAAAAUAGGUCCAGUUUAUGGGAAGAUAGUGCUAAGACAAAAUAGACCAAAGCACCUGCAUAUGAACAGAUACAGUGGUGAUUUUGAUCUCAGAGUUAGAGCAGGAUCUUUGUCUGCUGGUGAUGUAAACAGAAAGAGUUGCACCUUAAGAAAUGAUAGUCCCUCAGAACCACAGCGUAGGAUAUCCCAGCCUAUUGUGUCAUCAUCAGACUCCAAGGUGAAGGUCAACAUUCAGAGGUCACCAGAGGAGGUGGUGCAGGCAAGACGCAUGUUGGUCUAUCGUGCUCUAAAAACUGAUGGUGAAGAACUGGGUCAAAAUAGUCCAGAUCGUAAGUCUAUACCUAUUCUAGCUGACAGACGGUCAAACAAAUCUGCUUCUUCCUUACACAGAUCUCCUUCACCUAAUAGUAGCUUAACCGCACCACAUUUAUCAUUAUCACAUGGCAACAGUGCUUUGUCUCCUGGCAACCAUACUGUGCAGUUGCCUGGCAACAGGUCACCACAUCAUUCAUCAGAUAGUAACAGUGCUUUGUAUCCAUGUAACCGUCCUGCAUCACCUAGCAACAGAUCAUCUGCAACUAAUGCACUCACAGAACUUACAAUUAACAGUGACUUAAGAAAUGAAAGUAACAGUAGUUCAAGGAGUCUGGAGAAUAUAUCAAAAACACCAGAAAAAAGUCCUGUUCAUGUGACUCCACCUAAAAUCACCCCCAAUAAAAGAGCAUUACCAAAUAUUGAUGAGUAUAAGAUUCUCAGUUCAAGUGUACCCUCCAAUCGGGAAUUGUGGGGAUCCUAUGAAAGCUUGACAAUGCGCUCACGAAAAUAUGAGGACGUUUCAGAGGAGACUGGUUUAAGAGAACGUAGUCAAAGUGUCUCCUUAAAUUCUAGACAUGAUUACACAAAUGUGCACAUUUCGCCUUUGGAUGUGGAAGAUUUGGGAUUUCGUAGCCGCAGUAGUAGUUGGAGUGUGGCAAGAGACGGUGGGAGAGUCCACAGUGGUGUGGGGUCAGGGUAUCCCCAGACCCCACAGGUUAACCGACUGUGGAGUUACAGUGUUACGUCAUUAUCUGACAUGGGAUUAAACCCAGUUUUACCAUCCCAACAUAGAUACAUUGAAACAAAGCGUGAUGAUUUUGUUGACGUUGACAUCUUGCGUGACCUGAGCAUGGAGGAGCAAAUGGCGGACUGCUGUCCCUUGUGUCACAUGCCCUAUGACAAAGGGAAGAAGCGGCGCUUGAUUGACACCUGUGGACAUGCAAAGUGUUACAGCUGCAUGUUCUACUCGGAAAGCUGCCGAAUCUGUGAAAACAACCCCACAGAGGCAGGUCACCACAUCAGACAGAGCAGUGACAUAUCCCCCUACAGCCGAGUCAGGGUGAAGACCAACGGUCACUUCACGCCUCAUAUGAAGUCUUCGGAAACUGCCACUCAAACCACACCCAAGUCUUUUACACUCUCAAAUAUGCAUACCAGUGGAAACCAGUUACCUGAACCCCAAGUACCACCAUCAAGGUCCCGGUUCUUUAAGCCCAUUUCCUUGUCGCCCACAGCUUCCAGUACACCUAACUCCUCACACAGGGGCUUUAAUCCAGACCCUGCCAUGGGGUCUCCAGACCUCCACCCUGCAGCUGACCCUAGUCUGACCCCAUAUGAUGACCUUGAUGAGUUGUCAAGGUUAGACAGAGUAGGUCCUGCUCUUGAUCAGAAUGAUCAUCCAGAUCCCCCUCCUCCAUCUCCAGAUGUUGCCCAGAAUGAUCUAAUAGUGAGGCUGGGCCUGUUGCUGUCGGACAAGGGUCGACCUAAUGACCCCUCUCAUAUGACACCCAUGAAGCAGGGCAACCAAGGGAACCAGACAGAGGACACAUUUACCAGUGUGUCUUCUAUAGGCAGUAAUGAGGUGACCCCGGAGAGGGGAAUCCCCACCCCAGACAGGGGGAUCUCUGACACCAGUCCCCUGUCAACUCUCACUGCUUCCUCUGGGAGUGAACGGGGACAUUACAGUGGAAUCCGAAUGGGGACCGAGUCCCUCACCUACACCGGCAGCAGGGACCCAAGCGCCGAGAGCAUGAACUCUUUUAUGUCCACCAGUACCGGCAAUAGCAUGAGUCCUCACGCCACCACCAAGAGACCACACUCCAUCACAACCUCCACACCUGGACAGAUAGAAGAUUUGUUUGGUAAGAGGGGAAACUUCCGCAGAUCUUCUGCCCGGGCCACCAUUGGUCACUCUAGCGAGCGCCGCAUCACAAUAACCCCCAUCAAACCACCACAAAUACGACUCAAGGCUCAGGUGUUUGAGGUUCCCCACAAUGAGGGAAAAGCACUGUUUGUUGGGAGGGAAUGGCUGUUCAAGGAUAUAGAAAUGGCCCUGAACAGUGAGCCCACCACAGACAGAGUGAGGGGUGUGGUCCUGACUGGGGGUAUUGGGGCAGGAAAGACUGCCAUCAUAGAGCAGCUAGUGGACAGCAGCUUCUUCACUGACGGCCGGAGUGGGCUCGUAGAAGGGAGUGAACACAAGAUAAACAGGGAUCGUAUGGUGUACAAUGGUCUUACAAACUACAGUCCGAAAUCCACCUUGUCCCAUGGCCUGAGUGCAUCAACAUCCAAUCUUACUUACGAUUGUCUGAGAAGUCUGGGAUCACAAGUAGUUGGCUACCAUUUUUGUCAGGCAGAUAAUAAUGUCACCUGUCUGGUGCCCGAGUUUGUCCACAGUCUCGCUGCUCAGCUAUCUCAAGCUCCACAGCUUGCCGCCUACCACGAAAUGCUCCUGCAGGAUCCACACUUACAACAUGUGCUUAGUCUCAAGGAGUGCGUGCAAAAUCCUUCAAGUGCUUUCAUUAAAGGAAUCCUGGAUCCUUUAGAAUCUUUGAAGGAACAGGGCAGAAUUACUUCAGACAGUUGUUUGAUUGUGAUAGACUCUCUGAAUGAGGCAGAGUUCCACAAGCCAGAUUAUGGUGACACGAUAGCUUCAUUUCUGUGUCGCCACGUUGAACAGUUUCCAUUGUGGUUGAAAUUGGUGUUAACUGUUCAUUCUUCCUUGGUGGAGAUCACAAAAGACUUGGGUUUCACAACUAUUUGUAUUGACCGAGACCAAAACAACGACCUUAUAGGAAAAGACCUGAUAGAUUAUGUGAACCAUAGAAUUGAAACAAGUCCUAGUAUUGGAAAUAAUAUAUCACUGAAUGGUAAACUAGAACAAUCGACACAAGUCAAAUUCUGUCAUCAUCUACAAACUCUUAGCAAAGGGUCAUUUUUGUUCUGCAAAAUGACCCUGGACUUGAUAGAAAGAGGACACCUGGUGCUUAAAAGUUCAAACUACAAAAUAUUACCCAUGAACAUUUCUGAAGUGUUCCUAUUACAUUUUAACUUGAAGUUCCAAAGUGUGAGGUCAUUUGAGAAGGUGUCUCCUAUUUUGGUUGUGUGUUUGGCGACUCUUUAUCCGAUGAAUCUUGAGGAGAUCUACUACACCAUCAACUCUGGCUACACCCAGCACUUUCUGCCGUGGGAGGAGUUCACCCAGCGGAUGAGCAUGCUGCAGGGCUUCUUGUUUCUGCGUAAAGACUCCACCUACAUGUUCUUUCACCCUGCCUUCAGGGAGUGGCUUAUCCGCCGCGACGAGGCAGACAAUCCAAAGUUUCUCUGUGAUCUUCGUGGUGCCGAAUUUGACCCAAGACUUGGCCAUGCUUUGAUGUCGUUCAAGCUGUCAAGGAUAUCCACCCCACUGAACCCUGAUAAAACCAUAGAGUUAGGGCACCACAUUCUGAAGGCCCACAUCUACAAAAAUGUCAGCAAGCAGCGUGGCUACUCCUCCCGUGACAUGCAGGCUUACUGGAUGGCCCUCAGCUCUGAGAGCCUGAACGCUGCCCUCGCAUCUCACCGCAACCUCUUCUCUCCUAAUGUCAAGGUCAGUCGACUGAUCUUAUUGUCGGGGGCCAACCCCAACAUGAGAACCCCGUACCAGAACAACUCGCCGGUCCUUUGUAUUGCGGCUAUGGAGGGAUUCACGGACAUGGUGUCCCUGCUUCUGGAGUUCAGUGCCAGUGUGGACGCAGUCUCAGACAGUGGGAUGUCGGCUCUGUGUUAUGCUGCCAGUGCUGGACACACGGAGAUCCUAAGGAUGCUGUGUCAGAGGAAUGCUCGGCUGUCCCAUGUAGAUAAGAGUGGUCAGUGCCCAGCUGUUCAUGCCGCCAUGCAUGGCCAUUUGGAUGCCCUCAUCUUCCUUCUGCAAUGCGAUUGGUCAGAAUAUGAUGGUCAGCUGACUAAAGUGGAGGCCAUGCAGCAGGCAAUGGUAGCUUCUGCUGCCACAGGACACACAAAUAUCAUUGACUUCCUAUUACAUAACUACUCUGCAACAUCUGAUGGAUUUGGAAUCAACUACUGUGAUACUUUACUGGGAGAAACAGCAUUGACGGCAUCUUGUAGCCAUGGUUUUAAGGAUGUGGUCCUAUUUCUGAUAGACCAGGGAGCCAGUCUCCACCAGCCAAACAACAAAUCCCUGACCCCACUGUUGUGUGCUGUGGAUGCUGGUCACUGGAAUGUGGCCGACCUACUUCUUGGAAUGGGAUCCUCCUUGGAACAGACAGACAAACAUGGGAGAACACCUCUUAUGAUAGCAGCAUACAAAGGCCACAUUGGAGUAUUAGAGAUGCUGUUAGCUAGAGGGAGCUCCCUGCAUCAGGUGGACAAGGAAGGUCUGACUGCCCUGUGCUGGGCCUGUCUGAAGGGACACCACCACAUCAUACAGACCUUGUUGGACAAGGGAGCUAAUCUCCAUCAUGUAGACAGAAGGGGGAGAACUCCUCUCCAACUUGCAGCAUUCCAUGGUGAUGCUCAAGUGGUGCAAUCUUUAUUGGAGAGAGGAGCCCAGAUUGAGCAUGCAGACCAGAACGGGAUGAGGGCGCUGGAUCGAGCCAUUGACAGGAGGAACACAGCCGUGGUGGUGUGUUUCCUGAAGAAGGGAGCCAAGCUGGGACAGACCACCUGGGCCGUGGCAGCAGGAAAACCAGACAUACUGAUACUGCUGCUCAACAAGUUGAUGGAGGAUGGAAAUGUGCUGUAUAAGAAAAACCGUAUUCGGGAGGCAGCCCAGCGAUACCAGUAUGCUUUGAAGAAAUUUCCAAAUGAAAAUGUGGUGGAAGACUCAAGAACCUUCAAAGACCUAAAAUUGAACCUGCUCCUCAAUCUUUCCAGAUGCAAAAGGAAACUUAAUGACUGUGUAUCAGCGAUUGAUCUGGCCACACAGGCACUGCAAAUAAAAAGUAAAUGCUUUGAAGCAUACUAUGCAAGGGCUCGGGCGAAACGAGACGACAGACAAUUCUCUUCAGCUGUUGAGGAUUUAAAAGAGGCUUUAAAGUUAGCUCCCAGCAACCGAGAACUACAAAGAUUACUGACCAGAGUACGUGAUGAAUGCACAGAGCAGGCACGCUAUGAGAACCUUCAUGGAAGUCAGUCCAAUGUAAUGGAUCGGGGCGAGAGAAGAGCAGAGGAGACCGCUCUAUAGAAAAAAUACCAAUACCUUAUGGACAAUGGGAUACAAAACCAACUGCUUAUGACGCGAUCAAAUUCAUAGCUUUAAGUCCAUUUUAGAGUCAUAUUUCAGCAUGCAUAUUUUUGGGAAAAUAAAAAUGUGAUGCUAUGAUUUAAUUUGUGGUAUUGGGAGAGUGAAAGAAUAUAAUUUUGAUAAAGCACAUUUUGUUGAAAGAUAUGUCUGCAAACCAUGAAGUGGUUGUGGCUGAUUGGUGCUGAGUUUGUUCUGUAAACUUGAUGGACUCCUGUCUUAUUUGUUGUUGAGUGCUUUUGAUUUAAUCCAUGUAUAGAUCAAUUUUUUUUAAAAAUGUGUUUGAAAGAAAUGGCAUCAUUCUGUGUUUAUCAGCAUCAUUCAUUGCAUACUGUACAUCAUAGUGUUUUCAGAGUGUGUUACUCCAGUUACUAUAUACAUGUACUUGUAUCAUGAGUUAUUGGUUGAUUGUACAAAGUUAUUGCCGUUUUGAGUGAGAGAUAGUGGGGAGAAAUGUGACAAAGAGAGACAACUUAAAAACUUUAGUUAGGUGAUUUGAUUGUUGGCCCCAUUGUCUCAGGAACAAGCAUGGAACAUUCCAGUAGGUGUCCAUUCUCAUGCUACUUUCACUUUCAUUUAGGUCUUGCUAAAUGCAAUUUUCAUAUGUAUAAAAUAUUAUAUUUUAGUAUUUCAGUGUAUAUAGUGUAUAUAAAAAUGCUGUUAUGAAAACAUUGUAGCAUCAAUAAUUUAAAUCUGCAUUUUAUCAUUUCUUUGCCAUGAACAAGUGCAAUUAGCGAAAUGACAACUAAUUGUGUCAUUUUUUUUAUCAAUAAAUAAAUUGAAGAAAUUG